CGGAUCGCUCCCGUACCGCACGCGUCUACCGCCGCCCAUGAGGGCAGCCGCGGCCGCCGCCUCGCCCCCUCCCCUCCCUCCACCAAUCCCGCGCCCCCGGUUCCUCAUGGACCCUUCGCCGUCCUCCUCCUCUGGCGGCCACCACCCCGUCGCUUCCCAGCAGCGGGGCGGCGAUGGCGGCAGGAGAGGCGGCGGAGGCGGGAGCUACCGCGCCGACGCCCUUGGUUCGUCGUCCUCCUCCUCCGCCGGCUACCACUCCAUGGUCUCCGCCUUUGAUUCCCUGCAUCUGCGGGGCGAUGACGGCAGGAGGCCCGGCGGAGGCGGUGUCUGUCGGGGAGGGCGCGGCGGCGGGGACGGAAGCGACCGCGUCGACGCCCUUGGUUCGGCGUCGUCCUCCCCCUCUGCCGGCUACCACUCUAGGGCCGACGCCUUCGCUUCCCCGCAGCCGCGCGGCGGCGGCGGCAGGAGGCGCGGCGGCGGCGGCGGCGGGCGGGGAGGGCGCGGCGACGGGAACGAGAGCGAACGCAUCGCCGCUCUUGGCCGCCUCCUGUCGAGGGUGCUGCGCCACAUGGCGGCGGAGCCGGGCCUGGACAUGAGGCCGGACGGCUACGUGCGGGUCCGCGACCUUCUCAGGCUCAAACUGCAGUCCUUCGCCAACGUGCCACUCAGGUGCCACACGGUGGACGAAAUCAGGGAGGCCGUCAAGCGGGAUAACAAGCAGAGGUUUAGUCUGUUGGAGGAAGAUGGUGAGCUAUUGAUUCGGGCGAACCAGGGGCACACAGUAACCACUGUUACUUCAGAGAGUUUGCUGAAGCCCAUUUUGUCAGCUGAUGAAGUAUCAGUCUGUGUGCAUGGAACUUACCGGAAGAAACUUCGCUUGAUCUUGCAAUCUGGCCUAAAUCGUAUGACGAGGUUACAUGUACAUUUUUCAAGUGGAUUACCAUCAGAUGGAGAAGUAAUUAGUGGUAUGCGACCGGAUGUUAACGUUUUAAUACAUUUGGACGUCAGGAAGGCACUUCAUGAUGGAAUGAAGCUCUACAUUUCAGACAAAAAUGUGAUCCUGACUGAAGGUUUUGAUGGCGUUGUCCCUGUGAAAUACUUUGAGAAAAUCGAAACAUGGCCAGGACGAGCACCGAUUCCGUUUCAAAGAUAAAAUAUGCUGCAGUAGGAAGGUUUUUACAUGGCUUCUUUUCACAUGCUAAAAUACCUAAAUUUCUCGUGUUGUAUCUUAUUCUUUGCGAGGUACUGUGUUGUAUCCUUUAAGACCUGUAUUCUGCAGCAAAUCACAUAUACGAAUCUGUAUUUCCCUCGGUUACAUUAGCUGGUGAUUGUUUUGCCAUGCCAUUUUGGUUGGCUCAACUCUGUAAGCUGUGCCAAUCGGCAUCUGUAAAAUAUGUCACCAUGAUACAGAAUCAGAUUCUUGUACUAAUUGCGUCGUGUUGCCUUGUUUU